CUGAGGCCCCAAGCACCACUGCAAAGCGGGUGUCCGCCCCCAAGUCAUGGCUCCGGACAAGUUGGGAGGUUGUCUUUGCCCCCAGACCCUCCACUGGCCCUCACAAGAGGCGUGGUGCCUUCCCUGUCAUCAUGCUACGUAAACCGACUUCAACCAAACGUCUGCUGAAUGGGCUUAUAGCAUUUAGCACUCGUAUGGCUGUACCUUGCAGAUCAAGCAUGGGUGAGGAAUCAAGAAGACUGGGGAACACUUCCGUAUCCUUUAUGACGUUAAGGGUCGUUUCAUUGCUCACGCAUAUCACUGAUGAGGAAAGCCAGGAUAAGAAAUGCAAACUUUAG